AUGCGUUCAUUCUUCCUCUUCUCUGCAUUGGCUCUGGCAGCAUCAGUUCUAGCCCAGGACAUCGAUUCCAACGAUGUCCCAUCCCAAUGCACAGAUGCCUGCGCCUCUGUUGUCAGUCUGACUGCCAGAUGCGACAAAUCUACCAAUGACGACGAUUCGGCUGAGAGAAAAUGCGUCUGCGAUGACCCUGAUGCAUCAAAGAGCGUCCCAAACUGCGCCGCCUGCCUCGACAGGUACAGCAAAGACGGCAAGGACAACGAUGCAAAUGAUAUUGUCCGCAAAUGCUCGUUUGCCUCCACCACGUAUGACCCUACCAUGACCUCCUCUGCCACUUCCACCAGCAGUCCUAGUUCUACUACCGGUGCGACUGCCGAGUCGUCGACACCACCCUCAGCAGGCCAUUCAACUGGGCUGACAUCUGGGCUUCUUGGAAUGGGUAUAGGCAUUAGCCUUUUGGCUUCAGUUGGGCUUUAA